AUGUAUUUCUCUGUCUCUGUCUCUCUCUCUCUCUCUCUCCAUCUCUCAUACUCCUCCUCCAUUCCUUUCCUACAAUCUCCACUUUUCGUCUUUCUUUUCUGCUUCAUUUCUUUCACUACUUCCAUUCACUUCACACACUCUUUCCUCUCCCUCUUUCCAUCUAUCUAUCUAUCUAUCCAAUUAUUUUCUCUGUCCUUCUUUGUCUAUGACCUUUCACAUCUAUCUUUUUCUUACUUCUUUCUUUCUCUUCUUCUUGCUUAUCCUUCUUGUUUUCCUCUUUUUCAGUUUUCUCUUACUCACUCUCCUCUUUCCCCUUCAUUUAUCUUUAGAAAUUGUCUUCCAAGUCUCCCUCUUCCUACUCUCUCUCUCUCUCUCUCUCUCUCUCUCUCUCUCUCUCUCUCUCUCUUUCUCUCUUUUCUUUUCGGUACUUAUUUCUGUUCUAUCUAUCUAUCUAUCUAUCUAUCUAUCUAUCUAUCUAUCUAUCUGUUUGUCUGUCUUUCCAUCUAUCUAUUAGUCUGUCCAUGUGUACCUUUCUAUCUAUCAAUAAACUAUUUCAUCCUUCAUCAUUUUCUUUUCCUCUUCCUCUACUUUUCUUUUUCUAUUACUGCUUUACCUUCAUUUUUAUCACUUCUUUCUUUCUUUCUCUCUUCUUUUAACCUUCUUUACUUUUUCUUUUCUUUUAUCUUUUCUGCUCUUUUUUAUUUUAUUUUCUAUUCUUCUGCUACACUUUCUUUUUUAUCUACUCUUUCAAUCUUCUUUUGUCUCUACUUAUUCAACUUUUCUCUCUUCUUAGCACUUUUUGUAAACUAUCAGCUUUAUCUACUAUUUUCCCUUUUAUCUUUCCUUUUUUUAUUCUUCUUCUGUUCUUCUUGUUUUUCCUUUAUCUUCUUUCUACAUAAAAUCUUUCUUACUUGCUUACUAAUUCCAAUUUUUCAUUUUUAUACAUUUAUUUCCUUUCAAUUUCAACAAUUGUACCUCUCCCUACCUCCCUGUCACUCAUAUUUUAUUUCUCUUUAUCUUGCUGUCCUUUUCCCUUUCUUUCUCUUUUUGUCGAAGUCGAUCAUCCAACAAGAAUAUGUGGGCAGAUCUACUCAUCCGUCUGAGGAGAAAACUGACUAA